AUGCCGGGAGAUGUCACCAAGACAGUGGUCCUUCAUAGAAACCAGAGACUGCGUCAGGUAUAUCUCGAUGUUCCAUCUGUUUUAACGAACUCCCCUACCUCUAGACACCUAGAUGAGCACCAGGAAAUAAAUGUUCGUUCCACCACCCUUGCUAAUUUCAGAGAGGCGGCAUCAAAGUGGAAGGACAUGCCCUUUCUUUCCUUCCGCAGCGGACUUUCGUGUACAGCUAAGAACCAGAUCCCGGCGUACCAGGCUGUUACAUAUGCAGAGGCAGAUCAGAUGGUGAACCACUUGGCAGCAGCGCUCAAGUACGUCGGCCUCUCAUACCAGAAAAAGGUCGGCCUCUUGGGGGACACAUCCCCUCUGAUGCUCAUGUCUGACCUUGCAAUCACCUCUCUGGGGGGUAUAUCUGUUUCCAUACCAUCCUUUCUUUCGUAUGAUAACAUAGUGUAUGCAAUUAACCAUUCCGGAGUGCGUGUGCUUUUAACGCAGGCUCAGUUCUUACCAAUGAUUCUAGGCACCUCGAAUCACUGCCCUUUCUUGAAGCUUGUUCUUACAUUCGAUCAAGUUAUUGAUGACAUUGAUCUUCUUCCUAAGGCAGUGAAGGUCUAUGCUCAGCUUAGUGAAAACCAGCAUCUAUUGCAUGAUGCAGACGAAGAUGAAGAGAACUCUCUCUCUGAGAACGUCAUCGAUAGAUCAUAUCUAGAGAAUAUUGCAGACAAGAGUAACAUCGCUGUCGAGGCCGUGUUAGAGUCUACAAAGGAGUAUGAGGAUGAACAGAAGCAGGCAAGGGAAGGCGCUCUUGUGGAGGUCGAAAGAUGCCUUAAUGAGGACGAUACCCUAACUGAGGAAGAGCUGGACUCUCAAAGGAACUCUGUUAUAGCAGCUCAUUUCAAUAACGUUAAUCCUCUGAAUCCGACGGCGUUGAAGAUACCAGAGAGCAAGGUAACAGACGAGCUAACGAAGCAGAUCAUCAUCCGUGCGCAGAUGACAGACAUCCAGUCCAGAUUUACCACUCCCCUAACAGCUUUGAAGCUCUCCCAAAUCUAUCAAAAGAAAACAUGUGGCCAAAUUCUUUCUAAGGAGCUAUACAAUCUAGUAUCAAACUUGCGAACAAAGGAGUGUUCGUUGGAUGCUGCUAAGGAUUGCAUUAACAGUCCGCUUUAUCUAAGCCAUCUGGACAAUCUCAACAUCAUUCAGCUGGAUCAGCUUUUGGAGCUGACUAAGAGAAAUCCAUACACAGCUUCUGAUGACUAUCAAGUGGACCCUACCGAUGUCUGGUCAAUCUCGUAUUCAGAGGUAGGAUACACCUCCAAGUACUCCUCUAUAGACUAUUUCUUUGGGACUUGCAACAGAAAGCUAUGGGACCCAAAUCAGUCCUCUGCCAAUGCUAAAGCUGAUCCACGCCCUGCGAAGAAGUUUAGUCAAUUCAACCUGUUACUGAGUGGACAUCCUGUCAAGGCAAGCGUCUAUUCACACAGUUGUUUCCUCGCUGCAAUAAGGUCUCACUUUUACCAUCACUUUCCAUACAAUACAGCAACCUUUUCCCAAGUACACUCUAGCUAUUACUGUCAUCUGCCAUACAAUUCCCUUUUCGAGAGAAUUAUGGAACAUGGAGCUAUAACACGAGGGUACCGCCUGGUCUUUCACACAGGUCAGUUUCGCUAUCUAUUUUCCGACAUGCUGCUGGGAAGACCGACAAUCUUCGCUGCGUCUCCUCGGUUUUUCAAAAAACUGCACCAGUACUUAGUCGAGUUCCUGACCAAGGUGAGCGCCAACAAAAAGAAGGCCUUUGAAAAGACAUACAAUGCGCGGCUUGCAAAGCUCAGCUCUAUAUACGCAGCCAUGGAGAGAGCUCACUCACUUGUCUAUAUGCUGGAUACUAUAGAGUAUUUUGAGGAGAAGUUCAUGGACAUCCACACUCGCAAUAUUGAAGCGGUUAUGCAAGCAACCAAUAGCGAGCUAUCCUACAAUCUUCAUCGCUCUGCGUUCACUUUGGCGCCAAGCUAUAAGACUGUCCUCGACAUUACAAGCCCCUCAUACAGAAACAAGGCCAAGCACAAGAGAGCUCAGAGUUACGUUGACGCGCACCAUUAUGAGCAAAAGCAGGCCAUGUCACUUCAACCAGAAAAGAAGCAUACUCUAGACCAGUUGGGAGUUGAGCUAAGCCCGCAGCUAGACUUCAAGAAUCAGCAGUUUACUGACAUCAUCGAGCCCUGGAUCGUCUCUAGCAACCCGCGCACACGAGCCCUUCAUACCUUCAGAAUAGCUAGUGAGGAUAUUGGUGGAGGGGACGCCGGUUGCGAUUUCUCUAGGCUCACACGUCUUCGUAAGAUUGGAAGCAGAGACAUCAACAUUUCGAGCCUGCAAGGAGAGUCAAUGGAGAGCAGCGAGCAGACGGACAAGGAGAAGAAAUUCAACAAGUACAUGCAGGCUAUUGUCAAUAAAGUGAGCGCUCCCCUUUCCACCACAGUUAAAGAGUUUGUUCCACCAGAGGACAGUAUCAAAAUAAGUCGGAGCAAGGCAAAACUAAAUGCAUCAUCGAUUCCGUUGCUUCCGCGGAACAUACUGAUGUGCAGUGACGAGAGUGAUGCAAGCAGUCACAGCGAGAUUAGCGAAAGCAGCACAAAACCCAUAGAGUCUGCAGCUCUGCCGCCGGAAGCACCUGUUGAAAAGCUCCAGCACAAUACGCCUGGACUAAUGGAAGGCUCUCCGUUUAAGAUGCAGCGCUAUGGAUCCAGUUAUGAAUGGCAGUACUAUGAACAUCUCAAAAACAAGGAGCCAUCCUCCGUCACUGGAGAUACAGAGUCUAGUCGUAGCGAAAUGGGAACCUCACAUUCAGUCGGAAUUUCGUCUAAGCAUGAGUCGGAGGGAAUCGCUACCACAGAGGUGUCAUAUACAAUUACUAGCGCCUCCCAUUCCAGACCAGAUGCAGAGGCAAAACACACAGGGGCUCAGCUCACUGAAGUGCGAAAACGAACACGCUCCUCACACAAUGAGGCCUUGUCAGUGAUUCACCUGAACGCCUCCCCUUCUCUUGAAGAGACCUUUGCGCAGAAGGAAGGCAAGUCCAAGCAAACUUCUAUUAAGCAAAGAAAGGAACUAAAUAAGCUGCACAGGCAACAGCAGAAGAAUAUGAGCAAGGUCGUGAAGGAUAAGACAACCGUCACUAAGGAGCUUAAUCGACUGCAUUUUGAGAACAAUUUAAAGGUAGCACUAAGAUCUUCUCCAGCAGAAUCUCCUGUCAUCAAACGCGUUCAGGAUCUCUUCGGCGGCAGCCUGGAGUUUAUUAUUUCUAAUAGCGUUAUAGACAACGUUGAUACUUGGGAGUUUCUUCGAACCAUACUGGGUUGCCACGGAUGUCAAUUGGUUGGCUAUAGUGAGCUAACAGGUGGCGGCCUUUACAACGAGGUGCACGAUAGCUCAUUGAACUGGAGCCUAGGAAGGUCGGGAGUCGGCGUCAAGUGCAAAAUUGUUGAUCUUUCUGAAGGAUGGUUCCCAGAUAUUCUCACGCGGCUAGUUCUUGAUAGCGUGACACCAUCUCUUCACACUGUGAGCCGCAAACUAUACAUACAGCGCUAUAACAAACUGCAAGAGAUGAUUGCGAAUGGUAUGCCACGCUUCAUAGACACACAGUUGGGUGAGUUGUGCCUUGCAGGCCGUAUGCUCAGCUUGGGGUAUUAUGCUGGCGACGCUCUUUAUCAGUACGCUAAAAGCUUUAAGCCGUCUCCUCGGGAUUGCGUCCAAUCUACUACUAUGGAAAGCUUUAGCACCACGACUAACGUUUCUAUGUCCGAAGGAGGGGUUGCUGAUUUUCCCUGCAAAUCUAGCGAAUUAAAUAUUACGACUCCCCGACGGCUUUCCUCGGGCGGUCUUUCUGAAAAUAAAGUCUGCCAGAAGGAAGAGUCAGAUCGCAGCAGUCAGUUUUCUACAAUGGAUUGCACGUCCAUCAAUUCUACCCCAUCGUGGCUGGAUGCAGAAGUUGACCAUGGAAUUGCCGUCAGAACAAAGGAGAAGCUUCUUAAACAGGCAGCCCGGCGCAAAUCUAUGAUUAUUGCCAGGAAGAAUGCAAGUGCCUUGGGCUUAAGUACUUCUAAUCUCAAGCAAACGACUGCAUCAGAAAGCGAUCCGUUUAGCGGGUCAGUAUAUACAAUCGGCGGUAUUGCAGGGCAAAGCGCCUCACAAACAAUAUUGGGUGUUCCUCUCAUAAAUCUUUUAUCGUCGUCAUCCUCGGGACCGCCCAAGACCACAUCUGCACGGCGUAUGUCAUCAACGAGUACAAAUUCGACACUGGCAGCUGAUAUUGCAUCUGUCAACCAGACGUUUGUUCCUACCAUCAUGACGCCUGCAACAACCAACCCGUUUUCUGCCCCGCUCAACUAUAAUCAGACGGCAUACUCUAGUAACGCCUCGCUGAAUAUUAAGAGUUACAAAAGUACCACUAAAGGGAAUGAGCACAUAGAUCAAUCUCUAGCCCUGAAACCAGUCUUUCCGCCCGAAAGGCCUCCAGCCAACCUAUCGUUGCCUAUUUUGGAGUCGCAGUGCUCAAAUAUGCUAUCGUUGGCAUCCAUGCAUGGAGUUUCGGGGCGGUCUUCGCUACAUGCCAGAUCAGUGUCUCCCCAGAUUCCUUUACUUGAGCCGUCUACAUCGUGCUGCACAGGCGGCCAGACUACCAAUGAUGUCUCCAUUGACAUGCCAUCGCAGCAGGGUCUUGUGGUGCUAAAUCCACCGCAGCAAUCCAUUUACGAAUGCAUCAUUGAUCCCACAGAUGAGGAUGGCUACUACCACACGGGCGACAUGGUCGAAUUCGAGCAGCUUAGCGGGCGGAUUAUAUACCGUGGGACUGUUCGUGACUAUCUAGACAGACACGUGUAUGCAAUUAUAGAGCGUUUUCUGAUCGAAGAAGAGCUUAUUUCGCCUGAGCAGCGGGACAGGGAUCCAGACACUCUCUCGUCCACGCUUCUGUCUCCUGAAGAGCUGAGCUUGUGCUCCAGACCAAGCAAGGUGCCGGCAGACAUGUGGACAAAAGGCAAGCUUGUCGCCAUGCAUAUGCGCAAGCAGCUCUGUGCAAACCUCCACAUGACAUUUAAGCUGUCUUCUUCGCACUAUCUAAAUAUAGGGUUAAUAGAAGAGCUGAUUGUAUCGGAGAUACCUUAUGUUAUUGACGUUUUACUUUACACAUUCGAUGGUGCCUCUAGGCCGAUGGCGUUCCUUUACGUCAAGGGAUUUGCACUACUAGAAGCUCUUGAGCAGGGGGGAAUUCGUUUAAAUGCAGUUGAGAGCGGUGAGGCAGACUUCUCUGUUGAUAAAUUUACUAAUUCGAAGACAAUAAUAUAUGCAACUCUUGGCAAAAUGCACGGAGAAAACAAGGACAAGCUGACAAGCUUUCUAAAGGGGACAUCAAAAGGGCCUCAGAUACCCAGGUAUGUGAUGCGAGUGUCGCACUGUGCAUUUCUCUCUAUCGUAGACAAUGCCCGCAUUUUAACGUACAUCCGCUCCGAUAUAAGGAUGGUUCUUCGGGACAGGAAUCUUUCCAGAUACUUCGCACCCAUGUACAUCGUGUAUGUGACCAACUCAGACAUGCUAUUGACAGAGCCAAAGCUACGCACCAUAACCGGAAAGCGAAACAGGGAGUCGUUUCUUAAGAAGUUCAGUGGUGACAUUGCGAGGUACAAGCAAGAUGAGGGUGUGCCAGAGCUUAUCUUCCAUUGA